GCAGGCGCGGUGGUCACCUCGCCGUCGCCGGGCUCCGUCGCCCGCGCGGCUUCGCCUUCUCGGCGUGCGAGGCGGCCGCCCGGCGGUCCUGCGGGGUUCCGUGUUGCCGCUGCGGGCCGUGGGGCCGCGGCCAUGUCCCGAAAGCAGGCGGCCAAGAGCCGGCCGGGCAGCGGCAGCCGGAAAGCCGAGGCCGAGCGCAAGCGGGACGAGCGGGCGGCGCGCCGGGCCCUGGCCAAGGAGCGGCGGAACCGGCCGGAGUCCGGCGGCGGCUGCGAGGAGGAGUUCGUCAGCUUCGCCAACCAGCUGCAGGCCCUGGGGCUGAAGCUGCGGGAGGUGCCGGGGGACGGCAAUUGCCUGUUCAGAGCUCUUGGUGAUCAGUUGGAGGGACACUCACGAAAUCAUCUCAAGCACCGACAAGAGACCGUGGACUACAUGAUACAGCAGCGGGAAGAUUUUGAGCCCUUUGUAGAAGAUGACAUUCCUUUUGAGAAACAUGUGGCCAGUUUGGCAAAGUCUGGUACAUUUGCUGGCAAUGAUGCAAUUGUCGCCUUUGCAAGAAAUCAUCAAUUGAAUGUGGUGAUUCAUCAACUUAACGCCCCUUUGUGGCAGAUCCGUGGUACAGACAAAAGCAACGUGCGGGAGUUACACAUUGCCUAUCGGUAUGGAGAGCACUAUGACAGUGUGCGGAGGAUCAACGACAACUCAGAAGCACCUGCACAUCUCCAGACCGAUUUUCAGAUGCUUCAUCAAGAUGAAUCAAAUAAAAGAGAAAAGAUCAAGACAAAAGGAGUGGACUUUGAAGAUGACCUGAGAGAUGAAGUAGAAGAUGCUGUCCAGAAAGUGUGCAGUGCAACUGGAUGUUCAGAUUUUGAUUUGAUAGUCCAGAACCUGGAAGCUGAAAACUAUAAUAUUGAAUCUGCAAUAAUUGCCAUGCUUCAGAUGAACCAGGGGAAAAGAAAUAAUGCAGAGGAGAACCUCGAGUCCAGUGGCCGAGUACUGAAACAGUAUGGCCCUUUAUGGGAGGAGGGUGGCAGUGACACCAGAGGCUUUGGAAACCAGGGCUUAAAUGAAGGCAGGACUGAAAACAAUAAGGCGCGGGCCAGCCCAAGUGAAGAAAACAAAGCAAAUAAAAACCAGCUCCCAAAGGUCACAAACAAACAGAGGAAAGAGCAGCAGCGACUAGAGAAGAAGAAACGACAGGAGGAGAGGCACCGUCACAAAGCCCUGGAGAGCAGGAGCAACCAUAGGGACAACAGAAGUGAAGCAGAUGCGAACACGCAGGUCACCUUGGUGAAGACCUUCGCUGCUCUCAACAUCUGACUCUGGCCCUCUGGGAGUCGCAGGCGUGGAUGGAAAAUGGACCGCUGCGUACCAGGCUUUCCAGUGAGGCCGUCCUCGACAGGAUGAGACACAGCCUGCGGAAUCCACACGGAGGCUUGCACUCUGAGUUAAUUUCCUUCAAGCUGCCUCUUUUUUGUUCAAAGUUUUGUUAGUGAUGUGUUUUAUUUUAUGAAAGUGCAGUGAAGCCAUUCAUGUUCUGUAAUUAAAAUAUCGAGUUUUAGAGGUGGAUAGUUGGGUCAGGAAAAACCUUUUAAGUGUGGUUUUAUUUCCCCUAAACAUCAGAGUUAAGUGACGCUGGAGCUUUCCUUAACACUUGUGGUGAGUUUUGUUGUAAUUGUUCAUGAAGUCGUUUAGAUUAGUUGCUAGAAAUUCAGAAUGACAAGUUUCUCUUUCAUUUUCAAAUAGAUAUUGAUACACAGGAUGGUUUAUAAGCAAUCUCCAACUCAGGAACCUGUUUAGAUUUAAUUUUCUUCUAAACCAAAUUAAUCAGAAAAUAAUUCAGGAAGUGUUUUCCCAAAGUAAUAUGAUAUGAGGCUGUGGCCUGUAGUCAGGGGGGAAACUAAACAACUGUGUUCCUCUCCUUACUGAUUCUGAUGUUAUUUCAGGUAGGAUGCACGUGCUGUUGGUCCGUUGCCCUCAAGCCAUGUGAUAAAUGCGCCUGACUGUUAAUUAGGCCUGGGCUUUGCUGGAAAAUAAAGAGCGUUGUUGAGUUUUUGGUAGUUGUCUUUGACAAUGAGGAGACGGUAUGUUACUGCUCACAUGGUUCUGGGAUUCUGAUAGAAUGGAGAGCAGAAGCCCUAGUUGCAAAGGGAGGAAGCAAGGGAUUUCUGAAUUUUUGUCUAGGAAGAGUCUGAAGAGUUACUGGAUUUUGUAGGGGAAGGAUGUCUGGAAGAAUAUCUCAGGUGUUUCGUGUUUGCAUGUGAAGUAACUAUUUUCUUCCCUACUAUCCUAGACUCAGAAAGAUGCCUUCGGAGAAGUAAAAGGUAACGUGGUCUGUUGUUAAAUUUUCUUACUAUUGUGAAAAUGAAAACUCAUAAAAUGCUGUGUUUAUUUCUUUUUUUUGAGCUGCUGUUUGGGAUUUUGAUGUUGGAAAAACUCUCCAGCAUCUGACAGUUGUCGAUGACUUAGGUCAGACCUACAGGGCAGAGAACAUGCUUGGGCUGAGGCCUUUGAAUGACUCCGCUCUGGAGUUCUGAAACGGACAGAUGUGGGCAGUGGAGAGAUGUUGUUCCUGAAACCGAGUUAGCGGAUGUGCCGUCUCCUGAGUGAAGUGGCCAGUCUGGGACAGUCUUUGCUGUUUGGGGACCUGAUAUGUGGAUGAUUAAUAUAUGCUGAAUCAAAAGGCAAAUUCUCUCUCCCGCCACUCAAGUUUCAAAAUUAUGAAAGUUCUGAGGUGAAGGGAAAACUAUGAAAAAGUUUUGACUUGUAGAUGUGUCGUUGUCUGGGCUGGCCCUGGAUCAUUGGGUUGUCUCUAUUAGCAGGCACUUUGCUUUCUUCUGUUUUGAUAAUGUACUUUAAUUUUUGUCUGUUUGAAUUGGUGACUUUUUGUGGUUGGAUUAUCAGUAGUCUCUUGGAAUUGCUCCCAGGACAUGGUGCUUUGGGCUUCUUCCUGGUACAGUACAUUGUAAUAGUUAGCAGAUUUGGAAACUGCACAGCACUUUUUCUUUGCACAUCCCAGAGUUCUGAGUUUGAGGCUCGAGCAGUCAGUCCAAACGUGGGAAGGGUCCGCGUUGCCUUGCUGUCUCCGAAGGAGUGAGGGCCACUGCCUCAGGAUCUCCUGUUCUCUUGGCUUUCAGCUCUGGGCAGAUCCUGUGGCUGAGCUUCUCUAAGGAACACUCUUUCUUGUCUGUCUGUGCUGCGAGAGUGCAGCAGCCCAGAUCCUCUCAGAAAGAUCAAGAUUGUGCAUCAGAAAUUGAGCAGAAUUAGGAGUCAGAAAUAGCUUAAGGGAGUCCCAUUGUCAGAAAUAGUAGAAUUGCUUUAGUUACUUGGUGAAUGAAGGUGGCCUUAGGCCCUUUUGGGUUUUAGAAGUUUUAUAAGUUGUUAAAGUUAUUAAAGAAUAUUGGGCACAUUUAUUUAUAAAUUACCUAAUUCUGAUAACAGACCAGCAUUUCUAGGGUAAAAUAAUAGUGGUUUUAAAAACUAAUCAAAUAGCUUCAGUAAUUUUCUUUUGUUUCCAUUUCAUGGUUUUCUAGUUACAAUUGAUCUGUGUUCAGUAUGUUAAUUAUUAGAAAUGGGGUGUAUGUGUCCAACUUUAGUGCUGUCUUCUAGCUAGGGUUGAGUUUAGACUUCACUGCCUCAGUCUCAGCGAAGUAGGAGGUAGAUGGAAUCCAUAUACUUGGCUGCCUUGCUAAGCACUUGAAAAGUAGUCCACUGGCAGCCACAGUGGGGGCCCCGUGCAUUUAGUUCUGGGAUGGCUGUUGUCAGUGCCUGUCCCCUAGUGCAGGCGCUCAUGUGACUCCGCGUUAGGAAGCGAAUCUUCCUUCCCCUCUGUGUUGUUCCUUGGCUGUUAGAGGUUUGUGUUACAUGGGAUUGUCUUGGUAUCUUUCAGUGAGGCCGGGAGGAAAGGGCUGGGGCAGUGGUCCUAGCUGCUUACUAGUCUCGUAAACUGUAUAUAGAGGUUUUAUGGAUUUUAAAAAAAGAUUUUUUAAAUGUCCAAAUAAGAAAUAAAAGUUUAGUGGCAACAGCUUUGUACUAGAGAGGUAGAUGUAUUAAAACAACGUAGAACCACAACUUCUAAAUAGUAUAGUUGCCACCAAUUAGAGAAUAGAAUGUGUAUGUAUAUUUAAUUUUUCAAUAACAUGAACAUGUCCUUUCAGGAGCAAAGUCUGGUUGAGGAAUUGUGGCAGAAAGAAGGAUUUUAGUUUAGUUGAGGUUGUCUCUCGUUUCUUUUAUGAACUGUAAGAACGCUUCCAAACCCGUUUUGAUUCCGAGGGCUUGUGAAGUGGGCUCUCCCUGUGGGGCAGCUUGAGCUGGACUCGGAGGGAACAUUUGUGUCGGAAAUUUAUAAUGCCCUGCCCCGCGUCCCUGGGGAGCUUUCACUGUGUGAGGUGGGAGGGGCCGUGUUAAGUGGGGGUUGCUCACAUGUUAAGUAGGUAGGUAUCACGUGGACUUUGGCCUUGACCUGUACUCGCAGUGAGUCCCUGUCGACAAUGUGCACUUUCUCUCGUUCUGAGAAACUACACACUCUGCCUGGGUUUUACUGGGUCAACAGAGAAUGCUGUCCGUUUACCUCUGUGGAACGUUCACCUUGAGUAUGCAGUCGGUUAAAGGAAGCUGGGAUUCCUAGUCAGAGCUGCCCAAGUCACCCUGACCUGCGGCGUCCUGGUGGGCGGGCUGGGAAUGGAGCGUCUCGGUUUCAGUGUGUCACAUCUGUGGCCCUCCCCGACUCCCGUUUUGGGUAGAUGCAUAGCUCUUCGCCUUUUUACCUCCAGGCUCUGUCUGUCUGUGGCAAACCGUUAGACUCGGAGUCUGAUGCUGUCUUUCUGUCCUGCUGGCCUCAUUGUUCGCUGUCCUUCAUCUCAGCUUUCAGAACAGGUGCUGCUAAAACUCUGGGGCCUUCCAGCAGUUGUUCUGAGGUGAUUUAAUGAUGGCACUUUUUGCAAGGUGUGUGUUCCUGACUGAAGCAAAUUGUGUGUUUCCACUGGUAUCGUUGAGGAUCUAGAUGGCAUAUUUAAAUGAUAACACAUCUUCUGCCGUCACAGAUUAGAGGGGGAUGUGGAUAACUGGCUUCGAGUGGAGAUAGCGAGCCCCAGUCUGAAAGCACUUGUGCAAUGUGGAACUUGAAACAUGUGCCGCAGAGCCUGGCCCUGGGGAAGAGCUGGGCCUUGUGUACUGCCUGGCCCUGUUGUGUCCCAAGGUCCAGUCCCUGUGAAACCCUCAGGCUCUUAACCAUUUCUUCCAAGGGAUUACUUUCCGGAGUCUCUCUAUCCUAAUUAGGAUGACUUUGUAGCUUGAUUAAAAUGCUUAGCAUCCUUGCCAAGUUACUUGAGAAGGGGCUGAUACCAGUAAAGAGUAUAUUUCUGUAAAAGCAGGAGCUUCUGCGUGGUGUCUUUAUUGGAAGCAGAACAUACCAGUGAUACAGAACUUCCGCUCACUGUGCUGACGGUCGUGGAGUGUAAUGAUCACUGUAUGAAACUUCUGUGGUCUGCCCCUAGUCCUUUGCAUGUCAGCCUCCAGCAGGUUGCUGUUGCCAGCCGUCCAUGACAAUCAUUUGAGCUCAUUCAGAGACCUUAGCCUGUGAUUUGAUCCCCUGGCAGGUCCUUCGACCAAAACUUGGGGAAUGCUGGUGUGGGGCUCCUCAUAUCUUCUCACUCUCACUUUUCAUUUUCCAUAGUGGAAAGGGCCCUUGGCCUCCCUGGCUGCCCUUCCAGCAUCCUCCACCAGCACUGAGCUCAGUGGGAAGAAGAAAAGAGCCAGGAGUUGGACUUGAAACCUAUGUGUUCCUCUUGCUGAUGUACAAGUGCUGGUGGGCGUCAGCCGCCUUUAUGAAGGAGGGCAGGUGUGGCUGUGGAGAACAUAGGGGCCUUCACAGGCUCAGGAACCUUCUCUUUUUUUUUUUCUAAUUGCACUAUACUUGUUCUAGCUUCAGUCUGGAGAUAUUUCAGACCUCCAUGGGCUCAUGAUCCAUAGACUUAGCAAGUCUUGCCUUAUCUGUGGAGCUCGAUGGGGAGAAAUGUGGCCCUCGUCGAUGUCCGUAGGUCAUUUCCUCUAGCGUGUUUCUUUCCACAGAGUGUGUUGAUCUGAACCAUUUUGUUUUUUAUUUACCAAAGUACUGUACUUGGCUAUUUGCAGUGUUUUCAAAACCAAAUGUUUCUUUUUUUUGUGUUUUUAACCUUCAAUACUUGGUGCAAUAGAAGCUGCAAAGAUGUGCCACUUUAUCUAUGAAAUGGAGUUUUGUAUGACAAUAAAUUCUAGUUUAAAGACAGA